CUGAUCGGGACGAUAUACCGAAUGACACUUACGUGAUUUGAAAUAUAAAUGUUUUAGAGGAUAUUCACCGUACAGUUAUGCAAAUACAUCAAAGUCAUCAUCAUUAAGAGAGCAAACAACGUAUAGUUAUUUAUUACAUUUCUCUCACAUUCGUUUUAUGUAACAAUGGAUAUAUCAACUCCGACUAGCCUCAAUCACAGUGGACUUUCGCACAAUUCGGACAGCUUCUUAGGUAUUCCUAUUGAAUCGUCAACUCUAGAUGCUUUGGCAACAAAACGAAGAAGCUCAUCACGCACAAUAAAACGCAAAAAAUUUGAUGACGAAGUGGUAGAGACAACAUUCAAUUUGCAACCGCCUACUACAAGUGUCAAAUCAACAUCGAAAUCGCGAACAAUAAUAUCCGCCAGUCCUAUAGACGUUCUGCCAACACAAACGCUACCUACUACAAUACCAAUACCGACCACUUUGGCACAAUCCGAUAGAUGCAAUCGCAGACCCAGACCCAGUUCAAAUCCUGGACGAAAAAACAAGAAGAGUAAAAAUCAUUCUCAUUCUAUCAAUGCCACUAAAGAUCUUGGAAGAUGGAAACCUGCUGAUGAUUUGGCACUGAUUACUGGUGUACAACAAACAAAUGAUUUGAGAAUGGUUCAUCGAGGUACAAAAUUUUCGUGUCGUUUUACAUUACAAGAGAUACAACAAAGAUGGUACGCGCUAUUGUACGAUAGUGCGGUUUCACGUGUAGCUGUACAAGCUAUGCGCAAUUUACAUCCUGAAUUGAUAGCUAGUGUACAAGCAAGAACUCUAUACAGCAAAGCUGAAGAGGAUUUGUUGGGUACUAUCAAAUCCACGUCUCAACCAACACCGGAAGUAUUUCAAGAAUUACUCGAAGCAAAUGCACAUACAUUUUAUCCUGCUAGGACGGCAAAGGCAUUGCAUAGCCAUUGGCAGCUUAUGAAGCAAUAUUAUCUAUUGCCGGAUCAGACAGUGCAAACUUUACCGCGAGGAGAACACGUACUGAGCUUCUCCGAUGCUGAAGAUAUGAUCAAUGAUAACGAAUUGAUGGAACCGAAAGAUGACCUGGUUGAUACCGAACUGGCAACAGCAGAUCGAAAGAAUAAGAAAGAAAUUAAAGUAUUGGAAAAUGAGAUUGGCAGAUGGCAGGUGCUUGUUGACAGUGUCACUGGCAUCAAUCCUCCGGAUUUUGAUAAUCAGACUUUAGCCAUUUUACGAGGAAGGCUUGUAAGAUACCUCAUGAGAUCUAGAGAGAUAAGUGUAGGACGUUGUACAAAAGAUCACGCUGUCGAUGUGGAUCUCAGUUUGGAAGGUCCAGCUUGGAAAGUUUCACGUCGACAGGGCACCAUCCGUUUGAGGAACAAUGGAGACUUUUUUUUAUCGUCCGAAGGAAAACGACCGAUUUUUGUGGAUAGCAGACCAAUUCUGGCUGGAAAUAAAAUGAAACUAAAUAACAAUAGUGUGAUCGAGAUUGCGGGAUUGAGGUUUAUAUUUUUAAUCAAUCAAGAACUAAUCUCUGUGAUACGACAAGAGGCUGUCAAAUUGAAUUUAAAUCCUUGAGAUAUUCUGAAAACCAUCGAGGACAAUAUCAAAUAUUAUAAUUUAUAGAGCAAUCAGUAAAAAUUUACUUUUUCUAAAAAAAAAACAAUCCCUAAUUUUUA